AUGAACAACUGUGUCUUGGAAGAAGUACAGCUGGAAUACUCAGAAGUGCGAAUGAACCAGCCAGCCUCCAGUCCUCCACACCCCCUCCCGCCCCAUCACGUGGCCCGCCCCGCCCCGCCCCCAACCCUCGUGCGGGUCUUCGAGCCCAUCCGGGCCCUGAGGGCACGCAAGCGACGGUUGAGAGUUUGGGCAGCUAUGGCGGCGAGACAAGAGCGAGAACCGAACCUGACGCGCUUCGUCUAUGUGACCCGCUUCGGCUCGCACCGCUGUGGCGGCGUCCUUCAGCUGGGUAGCCGCGGGGCGCGGGGCCGUUGGCGCCCCAGGAUCAGGCUCGGGGCUGGCUGCAGCCAGAAGGAGCCGCGGGAAGCUGAGGCGGAGACCCAAGGCGGCGGCGGGGAGCUGGACCCCAGCGCCCGGCUCUCGGUCCCCGCCGCCUCUGCCUCCCAGCAGCAGAGAGCGUCGUCCAGGGCACACAGGGGUUCCAGGCCCGCAGCGGCAGCAGGUUUAACCCAGAAGAAUGUAACUAAAAAAUAUGAUUUCCCUAUACCUUUGAAUGAAGCUUCUAAAAUAAUGAAGACGAACAAGAAAGAGAUUUCAGUAUGGAAUGGAGUAUACAAAGUCAUUUGUAGAAUGCUUGAAGAAAAUGAAAAAUACAGACUCAGACUGAAUUCCCAACGAUUAUCUAAUAAAAGUAUAGCCUAA